AUGGUUUGGUCUUUGGGUCGAAAGGAGGACAAGCCGCAGGUUAACUAUUUGCUUAAUAAAUACUGUAAUCAGCAAAACUUUUGGUCAGUCUCUCCAAAGAGUAAUGACUCGUAUCUUUGGAAAAGUUUGCUAGAAGUCAAAGAUGUUGUGCUUCGGGGUUCUAUGGUGGUGGCAGGCAAAGGCGAUUCUAGUGAUAUGUGGAUUCAACCAUGGAUUCAGUGGUUGAGUUAUGAAGAGUUUCGGGCUCUAAUGGAAGGUUUGAAUAGACGUUUGAUUACUGCAAGAACAAUUGCUGAUAUCUCUUGUGAUGGUGCUUGGAACAGAGAAUUAGUCUUCCAAAUCUUUAGGGGAGAUCUGGGUCAGAGAAUAGUGGAGAUACCGAGAAUUCUUCUAAACCACCAUGAUCAGGUUGUUUGGAGGAAUCACUUAAAUGGGAUUUUUACAGUGAAGAGUGUGUACUGUGCAGAUCAAAGCUUUAGAUUCAGUCCAAGAAGCAAAAUCUGGACUUCGAUAUGGAAAUCGGAUGUGCAUCCUUGGAUGGCUAUGUUUAUGUGGAGGGUACUCAAUAAAGUCCUUCCUACUAGAGACAAAUUACAUUUUUCUCUUGAUAAAGAGUGCCUUCUUUGUGGUGAAGGAUUGAAAAGCUGCUUAUAUAUUUUCAGGGAGUGUAGUGCGGUUAAGAUUCUUUGGAUUAUGAGGGAUAUACCAAUCUUUUGCACUAACAUUCCAGGUAACAAUAUGAAAGAAUAUGUAGAGAAUUUAUUGUCCAUUUUCCCUGGCAGUGACAGAUCUUCUCUCAUCAAUUACAUGGGAUGUUUAUUUCAAAAUAUUUGGAAUGCGAGGAAUGAUAAGCUGUUCAAGGGAAGUAAUACUUUCUUUCCCCUUAUUCAUAAGAAAGUCUCUGAUCUCUGGAAUGAAGUCUCCAAUGCUGAGGGGGCUAAGGAUUAUGUUACGUCGAUUCCUGAAGGCAUGCAGAGAACGGUGGGCUCUGUUAAUAUAAUUUUGAUGACAGAUGCCUCUUGGUUAGAAGUAGAUGCAUGCGGGUUUAGCAGCUGUGAUGGUCAAUUUGACUACUGGUAG